UCUUAACUUCAACUCCAAGGGUGCUUCUUUCUUUCUGCUUAACCUUAGAGAGCCUCCAUCCCUUUCGCUAUGAGCAGUGGUACAAGGCACACUGUUGCAACACCUGCGAGAAGCAGCAGUGGGAGCAGCACCCUAGGUGGAGGACGGGCAGGGGUCGGCUCCGUCUCCUCUGGACGGUACGCUGCCAGUGGGAUCAGCAAUGGGAGAAGUAACUUCUCUGUCCGGAGUAAUACAGGAGCAGUUUCCCCCUGUACCCAUGGGCCAGGAAGAGGCCAUUUCUCAAGUGGCAGCUGCAGUGGAAUGUUUGUCGCUGGUGGGCAUGUAGCAGCAAGUGGCUAUGGGGAUGGCUCUCAUGUUACGAAUCCUGCUGCAAGAAAUACUGUAGUUGGUGGUGCUGGUGCUGGUCAUCCAACUGUGGUCGGAGGUACUGGCCAUGCUAUUCCUGGUGACAUGGCAGCGGGUGCACAUGUGGGCAUGCCUACUGGUGUAGUUGGUGGUAUGGUAAUGGGUGCUCAUGGGGGCAUGCCUGCUGGUGUAGUUGGUAGCAUGGGUAGUGUAGCUGGAAGUCCUCAUCCCAGUAUGGUAGCUGGCAGUCCUCAUCCCAGUAUGGUAGGUGGCAAUCCUCAUCCUGGUAUGGUAGCUGGCAAUCCUCAUCCCGGUAUGGUAGCUGGCCAUUGUGGUAUGGUUGGGGGUUUACCUGCUGGUAUGGUAGCUGGCAUGGGGGGUAUGAUGGGAGGUGGUCAUGGAGGCAUGAUGAGUGGGGUAACCAGUGUGAUGACUGGACCGAUUUUGGUUAGUGCAGUGGGUGGUGAGCCCAUUGCUUGUGCAAGUGUGUUCUCCAGCUUUGAUGGAAAAAUGACAAUGCAGAACCUCAAUGACCGACUGGCCAGCUACCUGGACAAGGUCCGAUGCCUGGAGGAGGAAAAUGCUGAUCUUGAAUCUCGAAUCAGGGAAUUUUAUGCUAAGCAAGGACCCCUCUCUGAACCCAAGGAUUACUCUCAUUACCAUCAACAAAUUGAAGAUCUUAAAAACCAGCUCAUUUGUACAAGUGUGGAGAACAACAAACUUCUUCUAUGCAUUGACAACAGCAAGCUGACUGCUGAUGACUUCAGGACCAAGUUUGAGACAGAAUGUUGCCUCCGUCAGAACGUGGAGGCUGACAUCAAUGGCCUGCACCAAAUCCUGGAUCAGUUGACAGCCUGCAGGGCUGAUCUGGAUGUACAGUGUGAUAACUUACAGGAUGAGCUAAACUGCCUGAAGAAGAACCAUGCAGAGGAGGUUGCCUGCCUGAAGAAGCAGUCCACUGGUGAUGUCAAUGUGGAAGUCAAUACCUGUCCUGGACCCGAUCUGAAGAAGAUCCUGGAAGAGAUGAGGUGCAAGUAUGAGACAAUGAUAGAAGGCAACCGCAAGGAGGUUGAGGCCUGGUAUGAAUCUAAGAUUGAGGAGGUGAACCGUGAUGUUUGCAACAGCAGCCAGGAGAUUGAAGAAAGCAACAACAAGGUCACAGAACUGAGACGCCAACUGCAAGCCCUGCAGAUUGACUAUGAAGCCCAGUGCAGUCUGAGGGACACCCUUGAAGCCUCCCUAGGUGAAACUGAGCUUCGCUACAAUGGCCAUCUGGGAGAUCUGCAGGAGCGUAUCUCCUGCCUAGAGCAGCAGCUGGCUGAGCUGCGUUCAGAGAUGGAGUGCCAGAACCAUGAGUAUACCGAGCUCCUAGAUGUCAAAAGCCGACUGGAGCAGGAGAUUGGCACAUACCGUGGCUUGCUGGAAGGGGGACAGAACGACAGCAAUAGCCACAAUGGAGGAGGCGGGAACACCAGCAGAGUUAGUAGUGCAUCAAAUGGACGCUCCAGUGAAAGUCGGUCAACCCACACUUACGGGACCCAUUCUGCAGUUCAUACACACCAUGGAGGUCAUUUACACCACUAGGCCAACAAGGAAAACGUGCUUGAGAGCUACAGAAUAGCAAAGAAAACCAUGUCCCUAGAGAAGCAUACCUGAUGGUACAUCCAUGCGGCUGUUGUUCCAUCUGUCUAAAUUACACCUUUCCAAGCUGACCAGAGAUCCCACUUCACUAUCUUCCACGCUGCUGUUUCUUUACUAUUAUUCUGCAACAUAACCUCUGUCAAGCUUACUCAACCAUCAUGCUUUCGUGCCGUGGUUGGUUCUCUACUAGCCACUGAAAACAAAAGAAGGGAUCAAAAAUAAAGGCUCUGGUUUUUUCUGUGUGCCACUCAA